AUGUCGGCCAUCAAAGAGUCGCCCUUGGCCUUUAUGGACGAGCUCAGUAACCCAUCUGUGUUGCAUUACUGCCCAAAAGAAUCAGCACCAACCGCCAACUCUAACGAUCCUUCUAUUAUCCUCAUUCUGUCCUGGGCGAAUGCUCGCGAAAUUCACAUAGCCAAGUAUAUUUCCGAGUACCGUACUAUCUAUCCAACAUCUACUAUAUUGCUCAUCCGAUCUACCCCUAUGCUCUUCUUGCAGCCCAAACGCCGUCAUCCUCUCAUCAAAGCUGCCCUACCAAUUCUCAAAUCUCUUAGCGACAAGGAAGGUGACAGGCCUCAGCUUCUUCUCCAUGUCUUCUCCAACGGUGGAGCUAGCUCUGCCGUUACUUUGUGGGAGGAAUGGGAAGCCGCACUUGGAAACGAGCCAGUUCCUCGACAUGCAGUUGUGAUGGACUCGUGCCCGGGUUAUUUUCACUGGAAACGAGAUCACCAUGUGAUUUCCCUGGACUUUCCGUGGUUCAUGUCACCUCUCAUCUGGGUGAUUAUGGCCGUUGGUUGGCUGUACUGUAUUUUGAUCCUUGGAGCGAUACCGCAUAAGCCCAAUGCUACGGCGCUCAACACCUCGCAGAGGAUAAGUCGGGAGACUAUGCGAGCAUAUCUAUACGGAGAUGCGGAUGUACCAGUUAGUUUUGAAGACAUCGAGUUUCAUGCACGAGAGGCGAAGAAGAACGGUGCAAAGGUUCGAACAGAAUUGUUCAAGGGAGGCACCCAUGUUGCUCACGUUAGAAUUGAUGCAGAUAGAUAUUGGAAGGUUGUCCAAGAGACCUGGGAAGGGAAGGGUGUAUAG